AUAUGAACGCGCGUGCCCUAAGUUGCCUAUCGACCGAUGUACGGAACUAUCUAACCAGCGCCCGUCUGACAUGGCGCCCAUGUAACUGAAAUCCAAAAUCGUUCCGUGCUACAAUUUUAGAAAAAAAAGACGGGCAAUCAAGUUUGAAAAGUGACAAUGGCUAUGUCGAACCUUUACUCGAAAAUAUCAACGAAGCCGAUGAAACGAUUCCAGGACAACGUCACGGUCAAACAGACUAAUCCAUGGUUAAACGCAGAAUCGCCGAUUCCUGUAUCAGAUUCACCGCCAACUGUAAGCCCGUUAUCAUCUUUCAUUGUAUUGCAACGUGAAGGAACGAUAAAUCAGCCAAUUAGUGCACCUGCAUCACCUUUGUCUUCCUUGUCAUCUCCUUUAACACAAUUGAAUUUGUCAUCACCCGAAGACUGUACGCAAGAUCCUAAUUGGCAAGCAACGAAACCUACAGUUCGUGAACGAAAUGCUGCCAUGUUUAACAAUCAUUUAAUGGCUGAUAUUAUAUUUAUCGUUGGUAGUCCAGGUCACAUACAAACUAUACCGGCGCAUAAAUACGUUUUAGCUACUGGUAGUUCUGUAUUUUAUGCCAUGUUUUAUGGCGGACUAGCAGAGAAUAAAAGAGAUAUAGAAGUACCAGAUGUAGAGCCUGCUGCUUUUCUUGCUCUAUUAAGGUACAUGUAUUGCGAUGAAGUACAAUUAGAAGCUGAUACGGUAUUAGCAACCCUUUAUGUUGCUAAAAAAUAUAUAGUCCCUCAUUUAGCAAGAGCAUGUGUUAAUUAUUUAGAAACAAGUUUAACAGCAAAGAAUGCAUGUUUACUUUUAAGUCAGUCUCGUUUAUUUGAAGAACCAGAUCUUAUGCAACGUUGCUGGGAAGUUAUAGAUGCUCAAGCAGAAAUGGCGCUAAGAUCAGAUGGUUUUGUGGAUAUUGACAUUCAUACUCUUGAAUCAGUGCUUUCUCGAGAAACAUUAAACUGUAAAGAAAUACAUAUAUGGGAUGCUGCAUUAAGAUGGGCUACUGCAGAAUGUAUUCGACAAGAACUUGAACCUUCAUCGGCAAAUCAAAGACGAUCGUUAGGAUCUGCUUUGUAUUUAAUUAGACUUCCUGCCAUGAAUUUGGAAGAAUUUGCCAAUAGUGCUGCUCAGACUGGAAUCUUAACGCAACAAGAAACAAUUGACGUCUUUUUGCAUUUCACUGCUAGUAAUAAACCUCAACUUUGUUUUCCUAUUAAACCUCGACAAGGUUUAAAAACUCAAGUUUGUCAUAGGUUUCAGUCGUGUGCAUAUAGAUCAAAUCAGUGGCGUUACAGAGGCAGGUGUGAUUCGAUUCAAUUUAGCGUUGACAAAAGAAUAUUUGUUGUUGGUUUUGGACUCUAUGGAAGCUCAUCCGGUGCUGCAGAUUAUAAUGUUAGAAUCGAACUGAAAAGAUUGGGAUGCGUUUUGUCUGAAAAUAGUACGAAAUUUUUUUCGGAUGGUUCGAGUAGUACAUUUCAUGUAUAUUUUGAAAAUCCAAUUCAAAUCGAACCAGAAUGCUUUUAUACAGCUAGUGUAAUCUUGGAUGGAGGCGAGUUAAGUUAUUUUGGUCAAGAAGGCAUGUCAGAGAUAACAGUCGGUAAUGUAAACUUUCAAUUUCAAUGCAGUUCAGAAAGUACGAAUGGUACUGGUGUACAAGGAGGACAAAUACCCGAAUUAAUUUUCUAUGGACCACCAGUAGAUGACUGAUGGAAAUUUAUUACAGAAAUAAUGGUUUAACUGAUGGUCUCUAAAAAUUUGUACUUUAAUACGUUCCAGAUUUUGUAUAAUUGUUAUUUUAAGUACUAUUUUUAAAUUGAUGACAAAUGUUGCGUAAUAGAUUCACUCUUAAAUAUUAAAUAUUUAUAUUUUAAAUUAUAAUCAUAAUGAAUAAUUUACAGAAACAAUUUUAUUUAUAAAUUUAUUAUUAUUGUUCUAUCAACCAAAUAUAAAAAUUCUUUUACGUUAAUUCAAAGAUUAUGUUAAAUUUUCAAAUUAAACGUAUUUCAUAAUAAUCUCAUAAAAAUUUAUUUUCGUAAAAUUAGAGUCAUGUAUAGAGAUACUCGUGUGAAAUAUUAAAUAAAAAAACAGUAUCAAAUAGCAAUUACGGAAACAAAUAUUUUAUUAUAUUUAAAUAAAAAUUAUUUCGUUAUUUUAAACUAAAAUUUUACAUAAGAGUGUAUCUAUUGCCAUUUCUAAUGUACUCAGAUAUUUGCUUUUUGCUCCUUUUUUUUUUUUUUUUUUUU